CCCUGCUCUGUUCCAUCUGUACCUUGGAAAGGACUUCACUUAACGCAGCGCACAGCAGGCAAAGCAGAUUAAAGAACGCUGCUACAAUCAGGAGAAYUGUGCUUUGCUCUCUGUCCAUUGGACUGAAGCAGAUAGGAUGGAUUGGGGAAAGUCCUGCUCAGCRCUGAGAUCCAUAGCCAAGAUUCCCAAACUGCUUUGGUGAAGACCUCUGAAGCAGUGCUGCCUGGUAUUUUACUGCUCCCAGUUCUGGAUACAGAUUUGGAACAAUUCUAAUGUACUCGGAAAAUGAGUGUCCUUCUCAUUGAACCCUUUUAUGGUGGUUCCCACAAACAGCUGAUGGAUCUUCUCCAGGAAGAGCUACAAGAAGAUUGUGUCCUCUGCACACUCCCAGCCAAGAAGUGGCACUGGAAGGCACGGACUUCUGCUCUUUAUUUCAUGCAAACAGUGCCAACAAGUUCUAAUUACAGGAUCCUCUUUGCAAGCUCAGUGCUUAACCUGGCUGAACUCGCUGCCCUCCGCCCUGACCUUGGCAAAUUGAAAAAGGUCCUCUACUUCCAUGAGAACCAAUUGGCAUAUCCUGUCCAGAAAUGCCAGGAAAGGGAUUUUCARUAUGGAUACAACCAGGUUCUUUCAUGUUUGGUUGCUGAUGUUGUGGUGUUCAACUCUGCUUUUAAUAUGGAAUCCUUUCUCAAAUCCAUUGGAAAAUWUAUGAAGCUGAUUCCUGACCACAGACCUAAGGAUUUGGAAAAAAUAAUCAGACCGAAGUGCCAAGUUCUUUAUUUUCCAGUCAGGUUUCCUGAUGUGAGCAGGACCCGUGUUGGUGUUCCCAGAGCAAACCCACCAGACUGUGGUCCUUAUCUGACAAUGAGAAGAGAUGAAAGGAUUUGRGGAUUUGACAGAAUAAGGUUCAUGCCAGAGCAUAAGCUUGCCCGUUUGGGAAAGGUAAUUGGUGUUAAAAGGAAUGGAGAUGCUUAUCAGCCAGAAGGGCUGCCUGGCCAGCAGGAGAGCAGAGCUGUAAUGAAAACCAGUGAUGCUCGUGGUGAGUCUGGACUUUGUGAGCCCCAGCCUGGACUCUGCACCACACAGCACGAGGGGCUGCCCUCCCCAGCARCAGCCCCAGUCCAGCCUCAAGCACCACAAAGUACAAAUCCUUGUCAAGGGGAAGAUAAGCAAUGUCUGACUUUUAACCUCUCUAAUAUCUUGAGUGGACUGGACUAUCAGCAAAGACCUCUGCACAUCGCCUGGCCUCACAGGUGGGAACAUGACAAAGAUCCUGAAACUUUCUUUAAAGUCCUGAUGAAGCUGAAAGACCAAGAUCUGCCUUUUCAUGUGUCCGUUCUCGGAGAGACUUUCAGUGAAAUUCCAGAUAUCUUUUCAGAGGCCAGGGAAGUGUUGGGAUCGUCCAUCUUACACUGGGGCUACUUGCCCAGCAAGGAUGACUAUUUCCRAGCUCUGUGCACGGCCGAUGUUGUCGUCUCCACAGCUAAACACGAAUUYUUUGGCGUGGCAAUGAUCGAGGCUGUGUACUGUGGCUGUUACCCGCUGUGUCCCAAAGCCUUGGUGUACCCAGAGAUAUUCCCAGCUGAAUAUCUGUAUUCUACACCUGAACAGCUUUUUAAAAGGCUUCAGAAUUUCUGCAAGAGACCAGAUAUUGUAAGGAAACAUCUCUAUAAGGUUGGAUACACAUCACCCCUGCACGGCAGAGGUGUUUCAGCUCACGAAAACCCCUGAAUUCAGCUGAAAGUCCUUAAAGGUUGGGGGUGCAUGGAAAUGCUCCUCGUGUUAACCCGUGCGACACAAAUGYGGUUCUUGGAGCGUUCCCUGGCUGCCGCCGUCCAGCCACACUGUUAAUGAGCAAGUGGAGUAAUCUCCUCCUUAAUUUGGAGUCUCAUACUGCCAACACACCCAACCUCAUGCCUCCACAUCCCUCCCUCCCUCUGGGGACCAGAAAAUGUUGGGUCUUGCUGUGUCUCAUCUGCCUCUCUCCCCCUUCCUGCACACAUGGAGCAGGAGCAGCGAGGGCUUAGCUCACGCCUUGGCUUUUUUUGUGACCUAAAAAUAGACAUUUACAUAAUGAUACAUCAAAGAUGAUGUUGUUUCUGCAGGAAACAGUUAAACCUCAAGAAAAAAAAAAAAAAAAAAAAAAAAAGGAGAGAACCAAAAAUGCAAUUUAACACCCAAUUUCAAGCUCAUUAUCUUUCAUUGUCUAUUAACUUGGCAAUGGUUCAGAAGGUAGCUCAUAAUAGUUUAAAAUGCUGACUGAACACUUCCAGUGUUCAGCAUUACUUCUUGAGUCAAUAGUAUCAUAGAGUUAGGCAUGGGGGCUUCAAAGGGAAAACAGUCCUUAAACGUUUACCUUGGCAUUUCCCAGUGCUCCAAGCUCAGCUAAUGGUUGCAUUCACAUGGAUCUUCUCCCAACGUGAGGAUCCCCAGCCUGUGAACACAGAGCCAAGGCAUGCAAAAAAUACUGAUAUGAAAUAGUUGGAAGCGUGUGUGCAAGGCAAAAUGCUGAUUUUCUUGAAGGAUUUUUCCCUUUUUGAAAGAAUUCCUUGGGAUGAUUUGUAGGCAGAAGCUGAAGGUGUUGGUACUGCCCCUCRUGCAUGGGCUUUGCAGAUCUUCUGAGUGUCAGAGCUGAACCUUUGCAACAGGUAGCAAUGGAGCUGAGUGGGGAAUUGUUUUAAAAUGAGGAAAGCAGAGCCUAAUCCAGCACCUGUGAGCAGCAGAGGAAAGAUCCCGUUGUCUUUAAUAGGCUUUGGAUCAGCUYGGAGAAUGCUGUUAGAGUUGUCCUUUUGUGCCUACGCCCACGUACACCUGGCCUUCCUUCACAAUGGGCCAUCCACAAAACCUCCUGGAAAAUGCUAAAUCAGAGCUGUGCUGUUAAGGUCAUUAUAGCUGGAAUGGUGCUGCUUUUUAGGGAAGCUGAAAGGAGUGAAAUCCUGAAGGCUACGCAGCACUUGCACCAUAUUUUCACUUUUUUCAGAUCACUCUAAUAUUCACUUUGCUAGUGUGGAUUAGAAAAGGGAUCCCAGCACAAGAGUCAAUGCUAAUCAGCUCCUUGUCUGUUAAAAAUCUUCCUGCCAUACUCUGCAUUGAGUUUAUUAAGUAUCUGUGAAAUUUUGAAAGUAAAAGUGCUUUAAAAUCAAAUAGUGUUUUUUCUCUGCUGGUUGAGGAUUCUGCUUCAUAGGUUGGGAGGUAAUCACCUUGGYUUAUCCUUUAACAUAUUGUUGGGAUUUUAUUACUCAGGAUUCUAUAAUAAUUAGACAGUGGCUAAUUAAACAAGUAGUUUAUUCCUUCAGUUGCCCUUGGUGCUUGUACUGACAAAUUUCAGGGCAGAAAGGAGGUAAAUGGCAGGGGGGCAGUGGGCUCAGGGACUGGACAUGGGGAAUAUCCCUGUGAAAAUGCACAGAGCAAGGCAUUAAACUGUAGUACUUGAACUCCAUGGAGCAGAUUCAUGCUGGCAGACUUUUAAAAAUGUCCAUAAUGUAAGCACCUAUGAAAACCUUUCCAAAUGAUGCAUUGCUCACCCUGCAUAUUCACACAGCACUCGGGACUGGCUCGUCUGCAUUUCAGCCUUGCCUUCUGCCAGUUAUUAGCAGAAGAUUGAGAUGAGAGGGAAGCAAAUCUCAUUUGUUAUCAAUUAUUUGUUCUGUUCCAGUUUUAAGGAAUCAAACUGUAGUUCUGGGUGGUUUUGGUUGCCAAAGUAAGCACUGGAAUGAAGGAAGUAACAACAGGGCAUUGGUCAGGACACACCACGGGACCUGUUAGUGCCCUAUCCAGUAGAUUUAAAGGUAAAAUAAAAUAAAAUAAAAUAAAAUAGAACUAAAUAAAAUAAAAUAGGUCAAGGCAUUUGCUUCUGCAUUAUUUUCUCAAAGUUUACCUUUCGGUUUCCUCACUUGAGUUUCUUAAUUUAAAACAGCAUGUAUAAAGAGUAUACAGUGGAAAGGGACAAGAAGAGUUGCCAAAAGCCAGGCAUGGAAGGAGCUGACAACUUUAAAUAAUCUCUCCCAGCCCUCCCAGCUGAAUGAGUGCUGGUUGACAUGCUGUCAGCUUCAGUUCCUACAGAAAAAUCCUACUCUCACUCAUGCUUGUUUAACAGAGAAAAGAAUUUGGCCCACUUUCUGACAUUCAUCUUCUCAUUUCCAUCACACUACAGAAGCUCACCUGCCUAUGAAAAGACACAUGGCGUGAUUUUUUUCUUUCUUACACCACUGUAGAAGGAAGUCUGCUGAAUUCAAAGGGACUAAACUGCUGUAAAAUCAAAUUAAGAUCCCAGUUACACCAUAGACAUCUGAAUUGUUUCCAGUCUCAGGAUUUGGCUGUACAGGGCAGUUCUGACAAAACUUUCUUUUUUUCUUUUUUUUGUUUCCUU